AGUAGUUAGUAUUGUCAACCAUCAGUUCAUUGUAAAAAUCAUUUUUUUCUUAAUUUUGUUCAACUGUGUGUGUGUAUAUACGCGAUUUAAUACGUGCCGUAUAAUGUGUUGAUGACUCGUAUUAUUGCUCCUGCUUUUGCCACAACUACUGUAAUCCACAUUUCAAGUAAUAUUUAUAUUUACACCUUUUCAGAAUACAUUCAAACAUUAGAAAAAAUGUGCUCAUACGUACGUGAGAAUUUUUAUAUAAUGUAUAUUCUAUUACUGAUGAUAAUAAUAACCGUUAACAAUAACAUAUUACUAUUAUAAUUUACAGUGUAGUAUAACAUUCUGAAUACUCUUCACAAACAGACUUACGUGCACGCACGCACACACACACACCCUUAUGUUCCCACUUUCUUCUAAUUAAUAUUGCAAUCACUUAAUGGAGAGAAAAAUUCAAAUUUUAAUCCACACAUUACAUAUCAGUGUAGUGCUUUCCUAAGUAGACAUUUAGAUAGAUGCAUAGAUAUACUGUGUUCUUUUGAAUAAAACACGCUUGAGAAGUACUCAACACUAUUGCGAUUCACAUGCACACUGAAUGAGGCAAAAGUACAGUACACCUAUACAUGUAUUGUAUACUAACAAUAUAAGGACAAUGAAUGAAUGAGAGAAUGAAUGACCUGUAAUCAACUACCCAAUAGUAUAUAUAAUAAAUAUAUCAGUAUUAAUACUCUAUAUUAAUUACUCCGCAUAUAUAAAUAAAUAUAAAUAUAGAUAACCCUGUUGAGUACAUAUAUAUAUAACCCUCAAUAUAAGUGUAGAACUCAGCGUCAUUGGCAUCGCCAUUAACCAUCAUCGGCAUAUGUUACUGACAAACUCAAACGUUUAUAGUCAAAAUUCAGUCGAAUAAAUUUGCAAUAUUGAAGAGUUCUUUUUUGAACAUAUUUAACUGUUGUGAUUGUUCAAGAAUGCAUGCAAAGUGUAAUAAAGAAAUUGCACAACAUCAACAAUUGAUUGCUGAAUUACAAGAACAGUUAUCAAUGAAAAAUAAACGUAUCACAGAAUUGACAAGUUUACUGGAUAAAUAUCAAAGUGUAUUCAGUUUAUCGAGUUCAUUGUCAACACCGACAGCUGUUAUUAAAAAUCAACAGCAGCAACAACAGCAACAACAACAACAGAUGGAUAACAAUGAAUUAUUUGGUUUCGGUGGAAAUGUUUCAAUUAGUCAAAAUGAAUUAACUGUACAAACAAGAAAACGUGGUAUCGGUAUAUCAGCUGAACCACAGAAUGAAGAUGAAAUCCAGUCAAAAGAGCUUAUAUCCCAUCCAAAAUCUGAAGAUGUUCGUAAACUGCUUAAAGUUGCAAUUAUGGAGAAUGAUUUCAUGAAUCAUAUUGCAUCGACUCAGUUAACUGAACUUAUUGAUUGUAUGUACAGUAUCGACUUCACAACUGAUGAAAUGAUUAUCAAUGAGGGGGAUUUUGGUUCAUUGGUGUAUGUUUUAGCAGAGGGAAAAUUAGAAAUAUCUAAAGAUGGUCGAAAGUUAAGAGUUUUGGAUCGUCCAACAGUAUUGGGUGAAUUAGCUGUUUUGUAUAACUGUACACGAACGGCGAGUGUUAAAGCUCUUACGAAUGGAACACUCUGGGCAAUCGACAGAGCGUCCUUUCAAACUAUUCUGAUGAGGAAUCAUUUACAAAAGCGUAAUGAUUAUACAACAUUUCUUAGAAGUGUCCCAAUAUUCAGUGGUCUACCAGAUGGUACAAUAUCAAAAUUAGCUGAUCAGUUGAAUGAAAUAACUUAUCGUCCAAAUGAAUUUAUUAUACGUCAAGGUGCUCGAGGCGAUAAUUUCUAUAUUAUAGCUGAUGGUCAUGUAAAAGUGACAAUGUAUCCAACAUUGGAAAAUGGUACAAUUGAUCGAUCAAAUGAACCACAAUUUGUUCGUACACUAGGUAGAGGUGAAUGGUUUGGAGAGAAAGCAUUAGCUGGUGACAAUUUACGUACAGCCAAUAUUAUUGCAGCUGGUGAUGGGGCAGUGACCUGUCUUGCUCUAGAUCUUGAGUCAUACAAUCUACUGUUAGGGGAUUUAGAGGGAUUGAAGAGACGCUAUUCAAAAGAAAAAGUAGUAGACGAUAAACUAGGCGAAUUUAAACCAGAAUUUCAGAAUUUACAGUUAGACAAGCUACAAAUCAUUUCUACUCUAGGCUCAGGUGGAUUUGGACGAGUCGAACUAGUAUGUAUAGGUGAUGAUAAAACAAAAACGUAUGCUUUAAAAAAGAUGAAAAAACAGCAUAUAGUUGAAACUAAACAAGAAGAACACGUGAUGAAUGAACGCAAUAUCAUGUUACAAACCGACUCCGAUUUCAUUGUACGAUUGUGUAAAACAUUCAGAGAUACAAAGUACCUUUAUCUUCUGCUUGAAGUAUGUCUGGGCGGUGAACUUUGGUCACUAUUAAAGGAUAAAUACUUCUUCACCGAACAAGCAACACAAUUCUAUUUGGCAUGUGUUGUUGAAGGAUUGGAUUAUUUACACAGGAAAAAUAUUAUCUAUCGCGAUUUGAAACCAGAAAAUAUAAUGCUUGAUACACAUGGUUAUUGUAAACUAACUGAUCUUGGAUUUGCUAAACACUUACCAUAUGGAGCUAAAACAUGGACAUUCUGUGGAACACCAGAAUACAUGGCACCAGAAAUUAUACUGAAUAAAGGACAUGAUUCUGCUGUAGACCAUUGGUCAUUAGGCGUGUUAUUGUUUGAGCUAUUAACAGGGCUACCACCAUUCGAAUCACCAGAUACAAUGCGUACAUACGGAAUUAUAUUGAAAGGGAUAGAUGCUGUUAAAUUUCCUUCAAGAAUGUCUAAAAAUGCCCAGUGUUUAGUGAAAAAACUAUGUCGUGAAAAUCCAACUGAACGAUAUGGUGUAGGCAAAGGUGGACUACGUGAAAUCGAGAAACAUGUUUGGUUUGAAGGUUUUGAUUGGGUUGGAUUACGUAAACGUGCGCUGAAAGCUCCUCAUGAAAGACAGGUAUUAUCACAAAGUGAUCUACGACAUUUUGAUACAUAUCCGGAGGACAAUGAAGAGCCUGAAGAUGAAACAUCUGGUUGGGAUGAACUCUUUUAGCUGGCAGUUAUUCACUCGAUCUAAUUCAAUGAAAAAUUAAGAUAAACUACAAUGUAUUGUGUUCGUAUCUUAUUUCUUUUGAGUUAAAAACCUUCAUACACGCACACACACAUACAUAUACAUAAAUACACAUACAAACAAACACUUAUGUGUACUACACUACCCGAAUUGUAUUUUUAUACUGUCAAAACAAAGGGUAUGCUAAAGUUUGUGUCAAGGAAUUGUGGAAUUCACAUUAUGAGUAAAUAAUAAGCAGUUGAAUAUGAAUAUAUUGAAUUUUACAGCA